AUGGCUCCCUGGCAACAACUAGCAGAACAACACCGUAACGGCCAACAGGCAGCGAUUCCAAAGGCAUGGAUUAUACCCGACUCCAAGAUAUCUCAGCUUGUUGGCGCUGGAACCCCAAGCGAGGGAUCUCUAAUUACACUGAAAGCCGCCCAAGAAUCUGGCUUGCUGUCGCCGCUGGAAUUGGAGAUCACAGAGAAAUACGAUGCAUCGGAUCUCAUUCAGAAGAUGGCAAGUGGAGAACUGACUGCAGAAGAUGUAACUGUCGCGUUUUGCAAAAGAGCUGCCAUUGCGCAACAAUUGACUUCCUGCUUGACAGAGAUAUUCUUUGAGGAAGCCAUUGCGCGAGCCAAGGAGCUGGAUACACAGUUCAAGGACACGGGAAAGACGGCUGGGCCUUUCCACGGGCUACCUAUUAGCAUGAAAGAUUCUUUUUGCGUCAAGGGUCACCACUCAACCAUGGGAUAUGUGGCCAACAUCUCACGACCAGCAGCAGCAGAUAAUUCGCCUUUGGUCGACAUGCUACUAGAAGAUGGAGCGGUGCUUUAUUGCAAGACCAACAUCCCACAGACGUUGAUGACAGCAGACUCGGAGAACAACAUUUUUGGUAGAACUCUGAAUCCUCACAAGACGAGUCUUACAGCCGGAGGUUCUAGUGGUGGCGAAGGCGCCAUAGUCGCCUUUCGAGCUUCGCCUCUGGGCGUCGGUACAGACAUAGCAGGAUCCAUCCGUAUCCCCUCUCUCUGCUGUGGUGUGUAUGGAUUCAAGCCGACCGCCGACCGCAUCCCGUACGGCGGGCAAGGUGACACUCCCUUUCCCGCAGUACAUCUCCCUGGCACAAUUGUACCGUGCGCUGGCCCUCUGGCAAACUCUGUGCAAGAUCUCGAGUUUUUCAUGAAGACUGUCAUUGACAAGCAGCCUUGGCGGUACGACCAUACGUCUUUCAAUGUUGGCUGGAGGUCACUGGAGAGUAGUGCCGACAAGGCAUUGACUAUUGGAGUAUUGCCUGAAGAUCCCGAAUACCCAUUCUCGCCGCCAGUCCGACGAUGUCUGGACGGAGCUUGCGCAUCUCUUGCAGCAGCAGGCCACAAACUUGUCUACAUUCCAGAAGACAAGCUGUCAAGCGCCGGACUGGCAGGUCGCCUCGCCUACCAGUUCUACGCCCUCUCGCCCUCGGGAUUCGACUCUCGCGAAGAGAUCAUUGGGGAGCCGCAAGUCACUUCCGUAGCCAAGGGCGUUCACCCCUUCUCUCAGGCUGGCUUCCCGGUGGAUCCCGCCCUGGGUUUGGAGGAUAAAUUUCACCAGCUCAACGGGGCACGCGACGCCUUUGCUAAGGCAUGGCAAAAGAUAUGGCGCGACAACGACCUAGACGUUGUCCUCGCCCCUGGCGCCAACACGACGGCAGUUCCUCACGAUGCUUACGGUGUUCCAGUCUAUACCAUGAUUUGGAAUCUCCUCAAUGCAAGUCUCCAUUUCUUUUUCCCUGCUGGAAUCAUUCCGUACGGAAAGUCGUCCAAAGAAUUGGAUAGCACACCGUUUAAACCAACGGCUCCUUUUGAGGCAGAAUACGAUCCACAGGCAUGGGAUGGUGCACCUUGCGCUAUCCAGGUCGUUGCGCCUUCAUUCAAGGACGAAGAGUGCCUGAAAGCGAUGCGACUGAUCGACCAGGCAUUACAUAGGACUUGA